AAGAUCCCAAAUCUGAUGUAGGCGGGUAGUGAUAGACUUGUGAGUUGUUCUUCCGACUUUUCUGUAAUUGCUUCUUUAGGCUAACAAUUCGGUAUGUGCCCCGAAAGGCUGCUUCGAACCGUUCCCCACGAAGCGGAGAAUCCCAUCGAAAAGUCCCUCAGAGAAGCAUUCCUUCUCCUGCAGAACCAGUUGAAACCCCCUUUUCCUCUUACGAUCCCAUUUCCUCCCGAGUACUCCCAAUUGAAUCAUGCAAUUGCUUUCGGCAUACUGGCACAACCGCAUCUUGCUAAAGUGCACCUCACCCACCUUCACGCCAUUGUUGUGGACGGAUAUGAGAUUUUCACCUCCAUCCUCCUCAAACUUUGCAAUGAAUCCUUCUCCAGGCUGUUGGAGGUUCCUAAAUGUCAGCUGCUCUGGGUGUGCUCAAUGCUGAUCCACAUCUCAGCCGAAAAGAUCGAAACUUUGUUCAUUUCUCUCAUGAGGCAGAUUACUGGAGGGGAUUUCAGCGAGUCCAAUUUGUGGUUGAGUGUCGAGGUUCUUAAAAUAUUGUCUAACAAUUGGGAUUGGUUGGUGGAGGAGCCUAUAGUCCUCUCAAGUGCAUUGUAUGUCUAUCUCAAGUUGUUAGCAGAUCAUUUUAGGUUAGGAGGAAGCUUCAAGUUGGAAGAGCUGAAGAGGAUGGAGAUUGACUUUUGUGUCAAGGCGUUGAGAGAACACUUUCAGUUGUCUAUGCAUAUUGGUAGAGAUCUUGUCCGCAUUCUACAAGAUGUGACCUAUAUUCCUGAGUUCAAGGACAUUUGGAAGGAUCUGCUGUUUGAUCCUAAAAGUUUCCAGGUUUCAGAAUUUUCCAGUCUGUCCAACCUUUAUUGGAGAAGAACACCAUCACACUUUUUCUUGCUGAGGAUCAGUCCCCAAAUGGAAAGCCAAUUGAGGUUUUUGCUCACCUUUGUGAAAUGGGGGAGCCAGAAAAGGUACCAAGCAUGGUUUGUCAAGAAGCACUUAUAUUGGCCUGGUAGUGAGUCUAUGAUAAGUGACAUAGUUCGCUUCAUAUGUUGUGUCCACCAUCCUUCGAAUGAGAUAAUUCAUUCUAAUGUCAUAUCGAGGUGGGCGGUCAUUGGUUGGCUUCUGAAGUCUUGCAGGAGGAAUUAUUACGAGGCAAAUGCAAAGCUUGCUUUGUUUUAUGACUGGUUGUUUUUUGAUGAAAAGUUUGACAAUAUCAUGAACAUUGAACCUGCAAUGCUUUUGAUGAUAAAUUCUGUGCCACAGUAUGUUGAUAUUACACAUAUGCUGCUAGAGUUUUUGUUUCUGCUAGUAGAUAACUAUGAUGUUCAUCACAGAGAGAUGCUCGCUGGGAAUGUUUCAGCAUCUAUUAAUUUAUUGCUCAGAAAAGGCGUGGUACAUUCAUUGGAUCCUCUGAUUUCUUGUAAUUCGAUCUCACCAGCGCUCAGGGAAAGGUUCAACUCGUUCCUUCCAGCACUACAUCUGUGUUGCAAUAAAAAAGUUAAUGAAGAUGAAACAUCUACUGACAUUUGA